GUCCUCGCGUCUCAUCUAAUCUGAUCUCAUCCACAGCAGGUCGCUGAGAACUAAAAUCAUGGCUUUUCCGAGCAGAGAUGGAGAGAAGUGGCGGGGCAUCUCGCCGGACCUCAUGGGUUCAGAUUUCUGCGAAUCAGUGGAUUUGGAGGUGGCUGGCCGCCACGCUUUCCUCUUCGACGAUGAUUCGACCUCCCAAUUUGUGGAUUCAUCUGACGCUCUUGUGCCAUGGAAUGGUGACUCACACCUCUCUAUCGACCGCUAUGACGUCCGCCACCUCCUCUCUGAUCUCUCUUCUCUGAGGAAGAAGCAGAAGCUACCAUCCAGUAAAUCUCCUGAUGCUGUUUCCGAAUCAGAUCUCGACUUCGAGCGGUUCCGCGAUUUGAGAAAAUCCGAUGACCCUGAAGGAGGGGGUAGAGGAGCUGAAAUGGCGAGUGGGUCUUAUCAGGCUGUUCCAUUUUCAUAUGGGAAUACUGAGGCCUCCAGCGACCCUAGGAACUCUGAGGAGCGAUUCGGAAAGUCUAAUUUCUGUCCACCUUUUCCAAUGCCUGAAACAUUAGUGAACCACCUCCCAUCGACAGAGAAGAUUCACCAGAUUAUUGCUAGGACUGCUCUCUUUGUCUCUGAACGUGGAGGGCAGUCUGAGAUUAUCUUGAGGGUGAAGCAGGGCAACAAUCCAACCUUCGGUUUCUUGAUGCCCAAUCACAAUCUUCAUCCAUACUUUAGAUAUCUAGUUGACCAUCCGGAACUUAUGGUUCCCACAAAGGACAAACCCAUACCUCAACAAGAUGACGGGGAGUCAGAUAUGGGGCAGAAUCAAUCAUGCAGUGUUGUGGGAGAGGGGCUCUCAUUAUUGGGUUCCAUCUAUGGCUCUGGGGAAGAUGAAGAUGGAUCGGUCGAUGCAGCCUUAGAUCCUAGAGAUGCAGAAUCUGCUCCCUCAGUUGAGGUGGCCGAUAGGACUCAUUCACAACCUUCAUCGCAUAUCCUAGACAAAGCUGGUUCCAACCAUUUAUCCUCUGUCUCUUUAGUGAAAGAAAAGGUCCCUCUGGCCUGCAGUCACGCUUCUGUUGCUGCAGUUGCGGCUUCUGAAUUGUACAGUAAGAGAAAGGAACUUGAUGCUAAAAUGUCAAUCACCAUUGUGCCAAACAAGCCCAUAACUUCGUCGUCCAGUCUUCUCAAGGAUGAAUCUCUAAUCAUGGAGCCUCCAUCAUCUGUAAAAUAUGUCAUAGAGAAAAUUGUGGAGUUCAUUGUCAAGAAUGGGAAAGAAUUCGAAGCAAUUCUUAUAGAGCAAGACCAAAACAGCGGGAGAUUCCCGUUCCUUCUGCCAUCUCAUCGGUAUCAUUUACAUUAUCUUAAAGUCCUCCAAUGGGCAUUAGAGUUUAAGCUAUCCAAAAGGAGCAAUACUGCUCAGCCACUUGAUGUUGACAAGAAAAGUGUCAGAGAAACGAGCAGGUUCAAAGGUGCAAACAGUGCACAGGGUCUUAAUGGCUCUUCUGCUCAAGUGCCGACUGAUCUAGAUAGGACAGAGAAGUUUAGGAUGGUCAUUGGUGGUGCAAAGAAGGAAUCACAGGACCCACCUUCCAAACCUUCACAACAGGGAGUUGGUCUGAGUGUAGAGGCAGCUGCAGAGAUUGUUUUGGCUGCAACCAGAGGCUCAAGGAACAACAACCCGAAAACCAAUUUUUCUAAAACACAUUUGGACAGUUCCAAGGCCACUGAGGACCCCGGUCUAAGUAACAGUGAGACAGGUGGGUCUUUGCCCCUCUCUCUACAUGCUUGUGGCCAUUCAACUUCUGAGAGAGACAAAAGCAAUUCCUUGCCUCCUCUUGUUUCAAAUCUGGAGAAAGGAGGUGUAUCUGUGGCCAAAGCCAUGGCAGAGAGUGCAGCCCUUGCAGCUGCGAGUGAGGCUGACUCUUCUGAAGCACGCCUAUCACAUGACCAAAAGCUGAAGGCCGAAAGGCUCAAGAGAGCAAAGAUGUUUGCAGCCCUUAUAAAGGCUGGGGGUGCCCAUCGAGCUCCUGUACAACUCACUCUUGGUCAGCCUAUAUUGGCAUCUGCCUCUGGUCAUUCUGAUACUCUAGAGAUUAGGAGCCGUUCUAGGGGCGCCACUCCGAGCUUCUCGGGCGCAAAUGCCUUGGAGCCUUCAAAGAUGGACUUGGGACUUUUGGAGGAGACACAAGAGAUAGAAUCUUUUGAGGAAAGGAAAAAGGAAACUGUGCAAACUGGGCAUGAAGGGAGAAAUGAUAAGAGCAAAAAGGAGGUGGAAGAAAAUGGAGGAGAUAGUAAGAAGCACAGGAAUUAUAGAAGGAAACAUCAUGAAGAAGAGAAAAACGAUGAAAGUGAAGAGGAACAAGGAGAAGAUAGGGCUAGUAAGAAGCACAAACGCUCCAAAAAGAAACGACACGGAAGAGGGAGAAAAGGUGAGAGUGAGGAAGAGGAAGGAGAAGUUAGAGAUGACAAGAAACAUACGCAUUCAAGAAAGGAGUGGCAUAGAAGAGAGAGGAAUGAUCAGAGCGAAGAGGAAGAGGAAGAAGUUGGGAACAAUAAGAAGCACAAGCACUCAAAAGAGAAACAACAUGCAGGGGAGAGAAGCGACGGGACCGAGGAGGAAGAGGAAGGUGAAGUUCGGGAAAGUAAGAAGCACAGGCACUCGAGAAGGAAACGGCAUCGGCGAGAAAUAAACUAUGAGAGUGGAGAGGAAGAUGAAGAUGACGGGGAUACUAAGCAGGAUAGGCAUUCCAAAAGGAAAUGCCACAGGGAAGACAAGAGGAGGCAUGAUGCAGAAAUUGAUGAAAAGCGGCACAAAAGCCAUUCCACUUCCAAAAGGACAGAGUCGAGGUAUAGGCACAAGCACCAUGACUCGUCCGAAGGGAGUGACGGGCAUGGGAGAAAGUCGGAUAAGCAUAAGGAGAGAUAUAGAAGAGAUGAUGAUGGGGUAAAUCUUGAGCCCACAGUAUAUAGAUCGGGAGAUGAAGUGGAAGUUGGUGAGAAGGUGGAUUCAAUGAGCCUAGGUGGAGUAGAGGGAGGCAGAGGUGAGGCUCCUCACUCAGAGAUUCCUGAAGACCUGAGAACGAAAAUUAGGGCAAUGCUGUUAUCCACCUUGUAGCUGGAAGGAAGCUGUUGUCCACCAUGUAGCUGUUAGCUUCCUUCCAUAACAGGUUUAAGGCUCGUCUCUCUCUCUCUCUCUCGCUCUCUCUCUCUCUCAAUUUGUAAGGUUAUUUGGCAACGCUAUGAGCCACCAUAUAGCUGCUAGCUUCAUUCCAUCAAUUGGUAAGGACUUCAUUUAGGUUUCUAUACCAUUUUGUAAGACUAGCUGUUCGAUGUGAUUACCAUGCGUGUACCAUAAAUCCAUUUCGAUGAGUGGGAUUUGAUCAUCAUCAUCUUUUCUGGUUUA